GUCAUAAUGAACUGAUGCGACUGCUGAUUUACUCCGGUUUUAACCCAAAGCAGAAAGAUAAUUUUGGCCAGACUGCUCUACACCUGGCAUGUAUUAAUGGGAACCUUACUGCUGUCAAAGAAUUAUGUGAAGAGGAUGGAGUGGAAGUGAAUCUGCCAGACAACAAUGGAAAAACACCCCUACAGCUGGCCAUUGGUCGAAAGCAUGACGCUGUUGUUAACUAUUUGAAAGUGGAGCUGCAAGAUAGAAACAGUUUGUUGCCACGGAUUGAUUGGUGGGCAGUUAUAUUUGGUCCUCCUGGCAAUUCUAAAGGAGCUCUCCUGUUCCUGGUGUUGAAUUUAGUCAUCUGGGGUUACCCAAUGUAUAUAUUUAAGUGUUUACCUUUGACAUGGAAUGAGCUUCAAGUUCUUCACAUAGUGUUUAUGUUUACCAAUGUUGUCAUGUGGAUUUGUUUGUACCAUGCAAACACAGUAAACCCAGGGUACCUGCCUCAGCAUGUGCCUGAGUACGAUCAGGCCAUUAAACAAGUAGCGCAUUUUGACGAGUGGAAGCAAGGUCAAAAUCCACUGUCACGGCUGUGUCACACGUGCCGCACUGUGAAGCCACUGCGAGCGAAGCACUGUCGUAUUUGUAACCGCUGUGUGAGGGAAUUUGAUCAUCACUGCCCGUAUAUACACAACUGUGUUGGAUAUUAUAAUAGGGUGUGGUUUUUGGCAUUUGUUUGCUCUCUGGGAGCCAUGGCUGCGGUAGCCGACUACUUAUGUUUGUACAUACUUUACUACAUCUCAUGGGACUGGCUGAUUGUCAUUGGGAGCGUGGAGCUGCUGGUGUUUACAUGUGUCAUUGGUGUAGUCGUUAAUAUGACGAUUUACCAUGCAGCAAACAAUCUUACCACCAACGAGAGGAUUAACCGGAAGCGCUACGACUAUUUAAAGGAUGGCAAAGGGGCAUUCUACAAUCCUUUUAAUAAGGGCCUCAAGAAGAACCUAAUGCAGUUCUUGCACCUGGAGCCUGCAUACAGCGAGGAUGAUGUUCACUUAUUAGGCAUUCAUAUUGUGUGA